AAGAACCCGGCAAUGUUUGAAAUAAAAUAAUUCAUUUAUUUUAGCACCAUAUAGCGAAGAAAGACUAUUAAGCGAAUAUUCAUCGAGUUGAAUUGUAUACAUAAGUCUAUAUCAACUACAAAGGUGCUCAAAAUUUCCUUAUUUACCAAUGUUGGUUGAUGUCAAUUCAAAAUCGUAGGGAAGUCAAAUUAAAACGGUGAGGAUAGACAUGACAUUAUGCCAAACCUUUAGAAUGUAGUUUUACCUAUAGAACCCGGAAAUCGUCGCCGGUUUUUGGUGACGCUGCAUUAGAAACGGCAAGACAUGGCACAGCCUCCAGGAUUGUUCAGCUUGGUCUUUCUUACCCUGGCUCUUGGAGCCCAGGCUCUGACCCCAUCCCAUUAUCUUUCUCGCUCUGAUGUGGAGAGACUUCAAGCCCUAAUGAGGCAGCCCUUUACGGAUCUUGAAUCUGCAUACUACUCCAUUGUUGGUCUUGGUAAACUUGGGUCUUCUAUUGCUGAUGAAGGUGAUGCCUGCCAGUUCCUGAAGUCCAAGCUUGACCCCACCAGUGUUGAUUCCCUCUUCUUUGCUGCCGAGUCCAGUCAGGCUAUUUCAGGAUGUGAGAUUCCGGUGUCAAACGAGACUCGUGACCUUCUACUAGCAGCAGUCAGUGAAGACUCCAGUGUGACUCAGAUCCAUCGGGCUGUGAGUGCUAUCAGUUCUCUGGGGCUGCCUCUUGCCUCACAGGAGGUUGUCAGUGCCCUUGCUGCCCGGAUUACCAAGGAGGACAACGUUUUGGCUAUCACACAGGCUCUUCUGACCGCCGCUCGGCUCUCGCAACAGGCAGAGCUUGGGGGGAUCCUGGAGGAGAUUGAGGAUCUUGCUGCGCGCCUGGAUGAUUUGGGUGGAGUAUAUCUGCAGUUUGAGGAGGGACUUGAGGCAACAGCCUUGUUUGUGACUGCAGCCUAUUCUCUGUCAGACCAUGUGGAUAUGGAGCCCCCUUUGAAGGAGGACCAGGUCAUCCAGCUGGUGAACUCUGUUUUUAGCAAGAAGUCCUGGGAUUCGCUGUCUGAAGCCUUCAGUGUUGCCAGUGCUGCUGUUGCCUUGUCCAACAACCGUUUCCAUGUGCCAGUCAUUGUCAGUGCCCAAGGGCCUGCCACUGUGUCUCACAGCGAACCUACCCUCCAGCUUCUAGUUACUAAUGUGCUUUCCCAGCCCCUGGCCUCAGCCAGUGUGGUGGUGGAGUCUGCUAAUGCCCUGGCUUCUAAGAGCGUCAUCCUCAGCCAGGCACCUUUCACCUUAAGAGAUGGUGUUUUUGAGCUGAACUUCAUGGCCAGCCAGCCUGCUAGCGGAUAUUACCAGUUCACUGUGGCUGUGACAGGGGACAGCAGAUUUGUUGCCAAUCAAGUUGAGAUGAAAGUGAAGGUCUCUACUGAAGUUGCCAUCACUAACAUGGAUUUGUCUGUGGUGGAUAAGGACCAGAGCAUUGGCACUAAGACUACCAGGGUGGAAUACCCCUUCAAGGCCAAGACCUCCUUUACCGCUGAUGGCCACCAGAACUUUGCCAUGUCUUUCCAGUUAGUGGAUGUCAACACUGGAGUUGAGCUCACCCCCCACCAGACAUUUGUCAGGCUGCACAAUCCGAAAACAGGCCAAGAGGUUGUGUUUGUGGCAGAGCCAGACAGUAAGAACCUUUACAAGUUUGAGCUGGACACCGCAGACAGAAAGUCUGAGUUUGACUCCAUGUCUGGAACCUAUGCUCUCCACCUUAUGGUUGGAGAUGCUACCCUCGAGAACCCCAUUUUGUGGAGUGUGGCGGAUGUAGUUCUCAAGUUUCUCGAUGAAGAGGCUCCAGCCACCAUCCAGUCAAAGACCCUAUAUGUGCCAAAACCAGAUAUUCAGCAUCUGUUCCGUGAACCAGAGAAGAAGCCUCCCACGGUGGUGUCCAACACCUUCACCGGCCUGAUCCUGUCCCCCUUCCUCCUCCUGCUGGUGCUGUGGUUGAAACUAGGGGCCAACAUCUCCAACUUCAGCCUAUCUCCCAGCUCGGUUCUUUUCCAUAUUGGCCAUGCAGCCAUGCUAGGUCUGAUGUAUGUCUACUGGACGCACCUCAACAUGUUCCAGACUCUGAAGUACUUGGCCAUCAUCGGCAGUCUCACUUUCUUGGCUGGGAAUCGCAUGCUGGCCCUAAAAGCAGUAAAGAGAAUUGAAAGUAAAUGAAGACAAAACAUAAAAGAAGAUUGAAGAUCCUUAAACGUUUGUUUCCAAGAAUUGAAGGACACAAAGUCAAAAUGGCAUAUUACGUGAAUUCAGUUUUUUUUUGGUUAAUGUGUUAUCAGUGCGUCUUAAAAUGUCAGAACUGAAGCUCACUGAUAUGACAUUCUCUCACUGCAGGCUUUAAAGCUAUUACUUCUGCACUUCAUCUUGUGAUUUUUUUUGACAGUGGGCUAUGGUCGUUUUUAUGGUUUCUUUAUGAAAUUUGGAUGGAUUGGGGUUUUUGUUCAUUCUUGUUUUCUAUUUCUGAAUGUCUGUCUCACCACUGAAGUUGGCACCCAGUUUUACAACAUGUUUAAGUGCAUUGAAAGUUUCAUUACUGGCAUGGUUAACAUCAAGAACCUUUCAUGGAGCCAUAUAAGAUUAGCUUGUACAAGUUCUGAAUUAAAUGUUUUCCCCUUUGAUAAAAACAAUUCCAUGUGGAGAAGAGAAUAACUGAUGGUUAAUUCCAGAAAAUCUGAUGUUUUGAAAUGAAAGGAAAUAAAGAAAAUGAGAAUUA